UAUUUAAUAACGAAGCGUCCAGAUCUGCAAGAAUAAAAACCUUGCAGUCGUAUAAAUUUUCUUCUUGAGAAACUAUAUUCUUCGAUUCGAGGGGAAUCCAGUUAAACAGAAAGCCAGCUAAAGUCGAAGAAAGUCCAUUGGAUGCGAGGAAAACCCAUUUGUCGUUGCUAUAAACUGUACUGAAAAUCUGAUCCUGAUAAUUUUCGCAAUUUUUGUUGAAUAAUCUCUGCAACAUGGGCAAAGAUAUCGUCCUUGGUGAAGACUGGCUUAUUACUCUGUCCGUUAUUUACGGCCUGGGUGCUGUACUCUCAGUUUGGGCUACUCUUCUUUCGCCGAUGAUCUUAGAUAUUUGGGACACUCCGGCCGGGCAGAAAAAGAAAGGUGAUCGCGAUUGGUCGACAAUAUUUCUGGUUCUUCUUCUACUUCAACCGCUCACGUUCGCAGGUUCUGCAGUGGGGAUGUGGUGGAUCACUGCGUUUGCUUUUGUACCUCCGGGACAUUUUGUACUUACAUUCAUCUCUUUCUUGGCUAUUGAUUUUUUUCGCCCCGACGACGAUGUGUUCAGCAAAUACAAAUAUUCUGUUCUCAGCUGAACGUUGGACCCCCGGAAUAAUGUAUUCGUGAUAAGUAAUUAUGCAUGCUGUAUCCUAAAAUAGAACUUGAACAGAUGUCCUCAAAGAGGGCCUUAACACUUCAUUGCAAAAACUGUGAGAACGUUAGAAGAAUUUAUUAACUCAGCAGUUUUUUCUUCAUUUAGUUUAAUUUUGUUGUUUCAUCAUUUUUAAUUGUCAUUUGCUACGGAGUAAAAAAAAGUACCGCUUUAAAAUAACUUCUCUGUUUGAAACACAGUGUUCUUUAGACUGACUUCUUGACUUAUAACCAAGUUAUGUUAAAACCUUAUUAUUUUAUAUU